AUGCAGCAACAGCAAACACCAAAUUUUCAGGCACAGCAACUGAGCGUCAUUCUUCUACUCCGUCAGGUUUCUCGAAUAAAGGAGCGUGUUGAAGAAAAGGAAGGCAUCCCACCGGUUCAACAGCGGCUUAUUUAUGGAGGGAAACAGAUGGUAUGGGGGUGGGAUGUUCCGAUUACGAGGAGGCUACUUUACGACUAG